CGCGUGUGCGGACUCAGGGGCUGGGCCGCGGCUAUAAGUGGGCGGUGCGGGCGGUUCGGCUGAACCUCCUGCGUCGGAGUACGCUUCUGUCUUGCAGCGACGGUCUGGGUUGUGACCUCGUGCUCUCAUCGGCGUUGGCGGACUCUCCUCCCGACUCCUGGACGACCUGCAGUUUCUGCGAGCGGGCUACUCCCGGCCCUUCCGCCUGGAGCAUCCAGAGGCCUUCCAGAAGCAGAAGACAGCUCUGCUGCUCUACACAGGAGUGGGAUCCUUUCAGCUAUGAAGCAUAUGUUGAACCUGUAUUUUGUAGGGGUGGUGCUGACCCUCCUUUCCAUCUUCGUGAGACUGAUGGAGUCACUGGAGGGCUUACUGGACAUCCCAUCGCCCAGGAGCUCCUGGACCACCAGAGGUCAACUAGCCAGCGCAGAACCCAAGGGCUUUCCAGAACAUCCACCCAGAGAGGUGUGAUAAGACCUCCCUCCACCGGCUGUAACCUUGGAACAUUGACCUAAAUCUGUUCAUCCAGGUGUCCAGUUCCCAGCAGGCAAGCUCAGCAUCAAUGUUACCAGAGAACUGUUACUAGGCUCUUGAAGGGCCCCUCCAUCUGAACGCUUGCCUUGGAAAAAGAGCCUGUUUAGUAGUGUGGGCAGCUUGCCUGUGGCUGUGGGAUGGGGUGAUUUUGCUCUUCUUCCCAGAGUCUGCCACACUCCUUGUUGUCCUUGGCAGUGUGGCUCUGACCUCUCUUAGAUGAGGGCUUGUGCUCCAGCUUCAGCUGUCGGCAGAUGAUGGUGUUUUCAGCCCUACUUCCUAAACUUCUGCCAAGAGUUCCUUUGGACUUGGGUGGCUUAUGAUCAAUUUCUUGGUGUUUGGCUUCUCUUUCACAUGAGCGCCUCUGUGUGUGUGUGUGGAGGUUGAAGAGGUAUGAGGUGUGUGCACUGGGUGUAGGGAUGGGGAAGACAGAGUGUUCAGUGCCCAGUUCCCAUUGUUUUACAUUUUUAAGUCCUUCCUCCAAUGCAGUGUGUCUGCAUGUGUACUGGUCUGAAGGGGACAGUGGGGAUUACAGCCACCAUGUGGCUUAAGUGAAGUUUUCUAAUGAAAUAAAGUUGAAUAUAUACUUCCAA